AGAUCAUUGUUUUUAUUUUCUUAAAAAGUUUGAAAGAUGUCCCAGCUUAAUAUUAAGGAUAGCGAAGUUGACAUUGUGAUCGGAGCACUCCACUCUGAUCUGACAUCAUUUAUGAAUGAAUGGAGACCUAUUUUCACCCGAUACCACUUGAUUAUUGUCAAGGAUCCUGAACUCAAAGAGGACCUUGAAAUUCCAGAUGGCUUCGACGUGGAUGUCUAUUCUCUACAAGACAUAGAUAGAAUUGUUGGUACUUCCAAUUCAAUUAAAUUCUCUGGUUACUCUUGCCGAUACUUUGGCUACCUCAUGUCGAGAAAAAAAUAUAUCAUCUCAGUUGAUGAUGACUGUGUUCCAGCCAAAGAUGAUAAGGGCUUGUUAAUAGAUAUUGUAGCGCAGCACUUAUCAAACCUUUCGACUCCGGCCACUCCUUUCUUCUUCAACACACUGUAUGAUCCAUUUAGGAAAGGAGCAGACUUCGUCCGUGGUUACCCAUUUAGCUUAAGAAGUGGGGUUGCUUGUAGUCUAUCAUGUGGACUGUGGCUCAAUCUAGCAGAUUAUGAUGCACCAACACAAGCCCUCAAGCCAAGUCUGAGGAACACGUGCUUUGUUGAUGCAGUCCUCACUAUUCCAGUCGGAGCAAUGUUGCCUGUGAGUGGAAUCAAUGUUGCAUUUGAUCGAGAGGCGGUUGGUCCUGCUCUAUGUCCAGCACUGAGAUUGGCUGGGGAAGGAAAGCUUCGGUGGGAAACCAUGGAAGAUAUAUGGUGUGGAUUAUGCAUUAAGGUAACAUGUGAUCACUUAAAGCUCGGUGUGAAAAGUGGGCUGCCAUAUGUUUGGAGAAAUGAAAGAGGAAAUGCUAUAGAGAGCUUGAAAAAAGAGUGGGAAGGGGUGAAGUUGAUGGAAGAAGUUGUUCCCUUCUUUCAAACUCUUAGGCUAUCAGAAGCAGCAGUUACAGCUGAAGCUUGUUUCCUCGAGAUUGCAAAGGCAGUAAGAGAGCAGCUUGGUCGUUCCAAUCCGAUGUUUGCUCGUGCUGCUGAAUCCAUGGUCGAAUGGGUUGAGAUUUGGAAGAAGGCUGGAUCUGGUUCUUUGCCUGGCGACAAUUAGGAGGAAUUCAUGAGUGAGUUUGGUCUCUUUUAGCCAUUCAAUUAAUAACAGAAAGCUCCCUUGAUUUCUUGCUGUAACAAUGACUCGAGAACUGUUGAAAUUCCUAAUGACCAAAAGAACUGUUUCACCGUUUUUUUCUUUUCUUUCCUUACAUGUUUAAUACCCCAGAAUCAUUGAAGACACAACGACCUAUUUUGUUAUUUGAUUGGCUAAUGGACAUCUAUGUUUCCUAAGACUUGCAUGCUUGAUCCAA